GUGACUCUCCCCUCCACCCUUUCUCUUCCCGUGAACUCUCUUAAAUCCCCCCAGCUCCUCCCUCACUUUUUGCAUCCCUCCUAAAUAACAUACACAAACCGAAACCUCUCACUUUCACAAGAACAUUCUCACAUUCUCUCCUCUCCUGCAAAAUGCCAGGCUCUCAACACUUAAUUCUCCUCCUCUUCCUCCUCCUCCUAAACUCGGGCUCAGCCAAAAUCCACACAAAGAGCCUCCGGCCUAACCGGCACCAUCCAUUUCUAAGCAAUCAAACACAAGCCCAACUUGUGGAAAGGCAAUUCAUGAGAUGGGUUAACUUUGUUGGGGGUCUUAAGCACUCCAUUUUCCAUAGAGCAAUGAACAAGGUCUUCCCUUCUUUCACCCUCAUCGUUGACAAAAAUCCCGCUACCGGAGAUUUUACGACGAUACAGGGCGCCAUUGAUUCACUACCAUUCAUCAAUCUGGUCAGGACUGUGAUCAAUGUCAAUGCCGGAGUUUACAAGGAGAAAGUGAGCAUUUCAGCAAUGAGAGCUUUUAUAACUCUACAAGGAGCAGGGGCUGAUAAAACUGUGGUUGAAUGGGGAGAUACAGCUGAGACUCCAGGGCCUAAUGGAAAACCCAUGGGGACUCAUGAUUCAGCUACUUUUGCUGUCAAUUCUCCUUACUUCAUUGCCAAGAACAUAACUUUCAAGAAUACUACCCCAGUGCCAAAACCAGGGGCAGUAGGGAAGCAAGCAGUGGCAUUUAGGAUCUCAGCGGAUACAGCAGCAUUUGUAGGCUGCAAAUUCUUGGGAGCACAGGACACAUUAUAUGAUCACAUUGGGAGGCAUUAUUAUAGAGAUUGCUACAUUGAAGGCUCUGUAGACUUCAUAUUUGGAAAUGCUCUCUCCUUCUAUGAGGGUUGUCAUGUACAUGCAAUUGCGAAUAAUGUAGGUGCGCUCACAGCGCAAAAUAGAAUGAGCAUGUUAGAGGACACAGGCUUCUCCUUCGUGAACUGUAAGGUGACCGGAUCGGGCGCAUUAUACCUUGGAAGAGCUUGGGGCAUGUUUUCAAGGGUGAUAUUUGCGUACACGUACAUGGAUAACAUUAUCAUUCCCACCGGAUGGUACAACUGGGGCGAUCCAAACAGGGAAAUGACUGUGUUCUACGGGCAGUACAAGUGUUUUGGGCCGGGAUCGAACCACAAUGGAAGAGUAACAUGGGCAAGAGAACUUACGGAUGAGGAAGCCAAGCCUUUCGUUUCCUUGAGUUUUAUCGAUGGAACUGAAUGGAUUAAGUUCUGAUCGAUGUUUGAUAUGAUCGAUGACGGUCUCUUUUUCAUCAAUUUCUCUAACACCACACCAAAUUGUGCCGAAGUUUGUAAAAUAAAAUAUAAAAUGAAUCCCUGUUGAUAAUAAAAUUGUUCAGC